AACAAGCGAGUGGGGCCCUAAGCUAUUGCUUGUUUACUUAUACGUAAAUCAGGCACUGACAUGGGCCAGAUCGCUGAGCAAGGAAGGGAUCCGCCCGCAGAAAGGGCUGCUUGGCGGGGGGAAGCAGUUGCAACGAGAGAAGGCUUAGACUCGGCGCCCAGCCGAUGCAGCGAGCGGAACGUUUCUACGCGCCUCCGGAGCGUGGGGGAGGCAGGUCCGUCGCCGGACCGGUCCCCCAUUGCACUUCCGGUUAGACUAGGCCUCGGUCGCGGCCCGGGUCCUCUCGUCGUUGUCGUCUGGUACCGAAACCGGGAUGCGGCUGCUGCGGGGCGGGCUUCGUUUUCUGCUGAGGCCGGGGAUCCGCCGCGGACCCGACCGGCCGGCCUACCAGCAGGGCCAGAGCCCCACGCCCCGCACCCGGGAGUACUUCUAUUAUAUCGACCACCAGGGACAGACAAGCAGUUCCUGGUCUUCUUCUUCAAGCAGCUCAAGCUGAACCAGAGCGGGCGCUACGAAGCCGCCUUCCCCUACCUCUCGCCCUGCGGCCGCGAGCAGAAUUUUGUCCGAUGCGACGACCGGCCAAUCGUCUUCACCCACCUCCUGCAGGGAGCGUCGGGCGAGGAGCUGUUGUCUUACUGCGGCGGAGCAGACAAGCUGGCUGUGCCCUUCCAGCCCGAGAAGCUGCUGAUGCUGCCCGAGAAUGGGCGCGUCUACCACCCGGGGCCAGAGAAAGCUGGCGGUGUUGGGCUGGUGAAAUCGGCCCUGGCCUUUGAGCUGAGCUCUUGUUUUGACUAUGAGCAAGGGCCCGGCCAAGCGCCCACACAUUUCCGCUGGCGUGACCGGCGCCACGCCCUCACGAACGAACUCCUUCCGUUUAUCCGAAAGGAUGAGGGAACCUAGAACCGGCGCUUGGAGUUGUUGGGUUUGCCAGUCUGUGAACUGCAUAGCCUUCUGGUUAUGCGGGAUGGUGUCCAUAGCUGGAGAUGGUGGUGAGGAAAGGACAGUUCCCAUCAUUCCAUGUGCCUUGUUGAUCCAGGAAGCCAAUCUGAUGAAGAAUGGGAGAUGGGACAGUUUGAUCCAUGGCUAGCCGCCAUCUUGAGAAGGGUUCUGGACAGAGUCUCUUGGAAUAAAAUUAUUCUGUCUCUUAUCCUCUAGGCCUGGUAUAUGUUUCAUUUGUUCCGCUGUCGAAUGACUCUUACUGUCAGUAAAUUUUUCCUGAUGUUUAAUUGGGAUAGCCUUCCUU